AGACGAGCCACUUCACACGCGAUUCUCUCUUUAUAAACAGAUUUUCGCUCACUUUAUUCAGAUAAAACUGACACGACACUCGGGUUAUUCCUAUUAUUACAUCUGGCGAGCAGUAGCGGAAUGUUUCGAUGAGUAUGUGCCAUGUGAGACUGGACAGUUGGGUGUGUAGAAAUGUUUGGAUCAUUUCACACGACCCCUGACCUUUACUGCUCAACCCAUUCAUAUGAAGCCGUGCCCUUGAUGCUGUAAUCAUGGAUGUUCAAGUGCACAACAAUCGGACGGUUCACUAUGGGCUGAACAACUAUCAGAACACUCAUACUGUAAAAGAUGAUCUACAAUUCCUCAGUCUUGAGGAACGUGAGUGUAUUAUGUUCUUUGAGGAGACAAUCGACUCACUAGAUGAGGAGCUUGAUGAUAAGGGGGCGGGAAUAGCUGCACGUAGCCACACACCUGCGGAGAUGCUGCAAGCUCCCGCUAAAGCCCGACUUCACAGCGCUGGACAUCAUGACAUCAUUGACCUGGUGCACACUACACCUAAGCCCAACAAACAUACAGACACACUGCCAGAUUUCCAAAUGCUGGUUUCAGCCCCAGAGACCCAUUUUGAGAUGAAGGCCAAUCGUGACCCCAUGGUGAAUUUCCCCCCGGAGGAGGGUGCUCACCAUCCCCCACCUGGUUCGGUUCCCACCCCUGUAAUAAUCGCCAGUAAGAUCGCGGAGCACCAGGGUAUGGGCGGGGGCUUAGCGGUACCUUCAGUACAAAUCCAGCGAAGCAGCAGUCUGGAGUUACCGCAGAACCCCAUGACCAAACACGCCCCUCCGACUCAUGCCAAGCCAAUGAAUCUCCCAAACAACAUUAGCUUUAUGCUUGGUAGCCGGGAACACAUUCCCCAUUCCAUCGCCACAGAAGCUGUCAGUGUGCACGAGCGCCGGGCGCAGAUGCUUGCCAACCUCCCUGGCUCCACCCACCCUCUGGAGGGAGGAGAGCCAGCCUGUGUCCGCAAAAAUCCCAUGCGACGCAUGUCGUUCAGAGAUCCAACGCCGGACCAGUCCAGGAUGGAGGCGCUCUCAAAGCUUGGGCUCGUGAGGAACCGAGCGCAAUCGACCAUACAGCCAUCUCUUGGGGACUCGAUUGCAGAAGGCAUCAGCUAUAAGACCAGCACAAAUACAGUUCAGAAGACUUUGAAGAGUGAUAAUGUACCUAUACACACCUAUAACACUUCCAGUAGCGUUCAUGCUCCAAACGUUGCUAAAACGUCUAACACUUCCAAGAGUUUGAAUGCCCCCAACAUGGCUAAUACUGCUAAUACUGCAAAUACCACAACAAACAAGGCCAGUACCCGCAAGGUUACAAGUACAGCUAACAUGACCAAUGGCUUGGACACCACGGACUACUACCAACCCAGCACUGUUACCAAACAGGUCAAGCCUAGCCCCUCACCAGCACUUACAAAUACUGAGGUCAUACACAGUGAUUUCAAUAGUUAUGGCGGUAAGAGUAUCACCUUGAACCCCACAAUGUCCAUUAGGGCUGAGUAUGCCCCACCUCAAAGUGCCACAGCCACUUCCUCACCCAAAAAAGAAGCCCCAGAGGUCCAACUCAACAGUUUCGGUGGUUUGUCCAGAGUCAUGAAUCCAUCCGUGUUGCACAGAGAUGAGCCAGACCUCGGUUAUAGCAGCUACAGCCACUCGCCACCUAGCCAGAGCCACGUCAGCCACCUAAACGCCUAUGGAGCCCGAUCGAAGACCUUCUCACCUGUAAAAGAGGACAGCUCGUCUGUAAGCUCGCACCCUGGAAGCAGGACCACUGACAGAGUCGUACCUACAAGAAAGAUGACCUCCUCACCCUCUAAAGCACCUCCCCAGCCAGUUGUGACCAGACAACCUCCCACUCCAGCUCCAAAACCACCUCACCAAUCAAGUCCUCUGAGUCCCACCAGGACGAGAACCAGUCCUCCAUCCUCAGAGUUACUUCACAAACCUACGCAGAAGCAGUCCUUCCGCGCACAGGGAAUAACAGUCCAGUUCUCUGGGAAAGGAAACACAGAUGAAGCCAGACGUGAUGCGCUACGCAAACUAGGAGUGCUAAGGGAUACUUCUUAAAAGCUCCCAAACACAAGAGAGACUACUGUUUUUAGGUGUGAUGAAAACUCGUGAUAUGUAUAUACACAUGUAUAUAGUUGCAUUACCUUGUUUGCAGGUUCAAAGUCCAGAAGUUCCUGGGAAUGUUUAGAAGAUUUAUGGCCAUCCGUUGGACAGCAACUCCUUUUUAAUUAAGUUUAAAGAUCUUUAGGAGAAAAAAACUGUAUCAGGACUAACAGGCUUGGGGUGUGCUUGUUUUGCUUGGCAAGAAGUACCAGAUCAGUUAGCCAUUCCCAUUCCCAUUCAUGUAAUCCUUCAAGUGGACUCUUCUUCUUUAUCAGCUGAGCUGUAAAAGCCACGUGACUGCUCAGUCUGUUUGAGAACUCUUUGCAGGGAUAAGGCUGGAACAUCUUUUUUACUCCGUUAAAAGCCCUCCAAGAAAUCCGGGCACUAAUGAAAAAUGUAUAUAGUCAGAAUACAUCCAGACUACUUCUAGAUUUCCAUCCAAUAGGAAAGAUGCUUUUUUUUUGCCUUUAUAAUGGUUUAAUUGGGGCAUCAUCAGCAGUUGAAGCUAACUGGCAAGCCAUGACACCCUAAAAGAAGUUUUCAGUUUGUUGUUAGCAAUUUUAAUUAAAUUAUAUAGUUAUAAGAAACAAAUCUGCCAGCUAAAACUGAACAGAUGCAUUAAUCCAAAGUACAGGAAUGGAAGCCAAGCUGUCCCAACGGAGCUCCAUGUGCUCGUCCUGACACAUUUUUGCAACGUUCAAUGUCCUUUCUAUAAAAACUGGCGAGCAAACUCACUAUUAUAAGCACCAUCCUUAAAAACAUUACUAAGGUUAAAAAACAAAAUACCCCUACCUUGCAUAUCAGCUGGGAUUUGGACCUGGAACACAAGGUUUUGUGGGGUGAUGUGUUACAGAAUGAGAUAUAAGUUACCCAACUUUGAGCAUUUCUCAUUGGACUCGUCUUUAAGCACCUUCUACUAAGUACUUUUAACCAAAGAUGACUCAGUCCAAAUACUAAAAUGAAACGCUUCAGAGAGAUGCAGUCCGCUUAGCUGUAAUGGGUCAAUUUGUGGUUUUAAAUCACUGCAGUGUGUCAAUGAAGUGGAUGAUUUCGAUGUUCUCACUGGCUUGGGUCAGAUGAGAUGAAUCUUCACUUUUAGCUUCUGAAGAGUUUGAGAAUUUGUUACCAUGCUAAAGUUACCAGACUAUGUUCCAGGCAGGUCAGUUUAUAUAAUGCAUAUAUACAUUUACACUUAAGAUGUGCACGAGUCUACCUUGUUCUUUGCAUUUAGGAUCAUUUAAACAUUUAUUUUUAUAGCUGACUUGUUUUUGAUGGCUCUGACGGGGAUCAGCUGGUGUAAAGAGGCCAGAUUAAUCUCAAUGGUUCUCUGUUCAGGAGUUUACAAAAGACAUAUCUUACAUAUUGAGCACAAACAGAUGUACAGCAGCUAGUUUCUAUAAUAUUGUAUUUAUUCUGAUGACAAAAUGCUUUCAUGUUUUAUUGUGUGCUGGACAAACCACAUGAUCCAAAUCUAGAUCCUGCUUUAGUUCAGUGUGUGUGUGUGUGUGUGUGUGUGUGUGCGAAUGUGGAUUUCAGUACGAGUGUUGUAAUGAGUAAAUGGGGUAUGUUUGCGAUGAGUGUUUUCCGUUUUUUUUUUUUUUUUUGUGACUCCGGUAUUUUGGCUUUAAAUAAAGCAGUAAUUGAAGGACAUAGAAUGCAUGUUGUGAAUGCGUGACACACAUACACUGUCAAAUCAAAAGCGCUUGGUUUCUUCUCAUCUCUUUGUGUAAACGUGAACUCUGCUGUAAGUAAAAACACUGUAUAUAUUUUCCUCCAGUGGUUAUGAUCUGUAACAUUCAGUUGUUUCUGAAUAAACACAAUUUA